GAAGUUGUGUAAAACCUUGUCGCGUGGUCACCAGUUAGGUCAGAGUGUCAAAGUUUCACUUCCCUUGUUGAGCAGAGAAGGAAGGGAGGGAGUGAUGGAGCUUUCUCAACUUGGUUUCCUUGAUGAGUUAGUUGCUCCAAGAAGAGACACAUGGAACGCUUUCUCCACUGCCUUCUGUGACCUUCUUCCCAAUGCUUGGACUUUCGACUCUUUCCUUGAGACCCCUUCUUUGCCCCCAUUUCCUGCAUUGGACCGCAGAUUCGAAUGCCCCUACUCCACCCAAGUGCCUCCUUCCUACCCUUUUUCCGAUGCCUUCGCAAUGCCAUUGAGUGAUGACCCUCCACCACUUCCACCGUCUCUCCAGGCUCAAGAGGUUGCCUUUCGUGACAACACCCACUUUGGAGAAACCAAGGGUGUCUGCAAAGUUGAGGAGCAGGGCACGGAGGUUGUUGUUCCUCUCUUCAACGUGGGCCUCUGUGAUGAUCGAGACAGAAAGCCCAAGCCCAAGAAGCUUGAGGGGCAGCCCUCCAAGAAUCUCAUGGCGGAAAGGAGGAGAAGAAAGCGUCUCAAUGACCGUCUUUCCAUGCUAAGGUCAAUAGUCCCCAAGAUCAGCAAGAUGGAUAGGACUUCUAUUCUUGGGGAUACCAUAGACUACAUGAAAGAGCUUCUAGAGAGGAUUGGUAAGUUGCAAGAGGAAGAGGGGGAAGAGGGCACAAGUCAGAUGAAUCUGUUGGGCUUUUCAAAGGAACAACUCAAGCCAAAUGAAGCAAUAGUAAGAAACUCCCCCAAGUUUGAUGUUGAGAGGAGAGACCAGGACACUAGGAUCAGCAUCUGCUGUGCCACAAAGCCUGGAUUGCUACUAUCAACUGUCAAUACCUUAGAAGCAUUAGGCCUAGAGAUUCAGCAAUGUGUUAUAAGUAGCUUCAAUGACUUUUCAAUGGAAGCAUCUUGUUCUGAGGUAGCCGAACAGAGAAAUUGUAUUAGCCAUGAAGAGAUAAAACAAGCACUUUCCAGAAAUGCAGGCUUUGGUGGGAAAUGUCUCUAGGGGAAAGAUGGAAAGUAGCCAUAACAUGUUGCAGAUGGUGUUGAAGAAGCAACUUUCCUUCUUUAGUUUGUAAUCCAAGGAAUUAGGGAAGUAGAAGUUUUAAUGAGAUUCAGAAUAAGUUGGCUUUGAUUGAUGAUUUCCUUCUUAAAGCCUCACCCUGUGUUUUAACAUAUAAUGGGGGUGGUGCUAUCCUUUAGUGCAUGCUGCAAUUUCACCUUUUGAAAAAAAGUGUAUUCUUUUUUAAGAAGUGAUUUUCAGUGAAGGGGAAUUAUUGCAAAGCCCACAAUUAAGUGGAAUCAAAUUGAUUUUCCAUGGAUUC